CAGCCCGGUUGUUUUUAAAAGUCAGAUCGCGGGUUUCUUGCACGAAUCCGCGCCACGAAUCGACGUCGCGUGCUCCCAGCUUUGACAGAGAGCGCUCGUCUCGAUCGGUCGCGUUGCGUCGAGUGGGGAGGGCUUGGCUAGCCAAUGCGCCAAUAGACGGUCAUUGCUUAAAGAAGCGCUUCAGUGUGCGUGGUAGGAUGAAGACGACGCGACCAUCAGUAACGCGUGAAAAUUUCACACAGCCGUGAUCGAACAUCUGAUAAUAAAUGGACGGAGCAGCAGUCGCAGCUUUAACAAUCCACUUGUCACCAGGGAAGAGGAAUAAUUGGGAUUAAAAUGGGGAAUACAACACCCAAACCAUUAUUAGAUGCAAGUCUACAGCAUCGCCCAGUGGCCAGCAGGCAGUACUGCACUAUUUCCAACAGUGGAGUGGAGCGCCGCUCAUCUGCCCCUCCAAUCAACGCAGAGUCUCCCCGUUUUCACCCUCACGCCAAGGGCAAGAACAUUCGGCUGGACGCACAACUGCGGCGGGCCACACGGAAGAACAGCUUCUGCAACGGCAUAACCUUCAGCCAGCGGCCCGUGCGCUUGUACGAGAAGGUCCGUGUGCGCCUCUCUGGAGUUCAUACGGGUUGGAGCGGGGCUCUUCGCUUCGGUUUCACCAGCACAGACCCUAGUGAGCUCACCCUAGGCGACAUCCCCAAAUAUGCUUGUCCAGACCUUGUGACGCGGCACGGAUACUGGGCUAAGGCCCUGCCUGAGAGGCUGGCCAUACGGGACAAUGUUCUGGCCUUUUGGGCUGACCGAAACGGCCGAGUCUUUUACAGCGUCAAUGACGGCGAGCCCAUUCUCUUUCACUGCGGCUUAAAUGUUUCCUGCCCGCUCUGGGCCAUCAUUGAUAUCUAUGGAAUCACACAGGAAGUUACAUUGUUGGAGAGCACAUUUGCUGACAGCGUGGGCACAGGCUGUCUGAAUACCGCUCGACUCAGUGCGUAUCUUCCCCAGAGCAACCAUGACUCGGCCAAUUACAGCAACAACCAGCUGGAGACCAACCAGGCCGCCGCCGCCAAGUUCGCCACGCUGCAGCUCAGCAGCUACAACCAGCUCACCCCGUGCUGCUCCACCUCCUCUACGCCCUCAUCAUCCAACAUCAUCACCACCCAAAGACCAGCCCGUGGACCGUCCUCGCCUCUUGACACCGAUCUGCAUUUUCACCCAGUGCGAGGUCCGGACGUUGUCCUCUCCAACGACCGCACGGUCGCCUGUACGCACUUUCUGGACAGCAGUAGGACGUUGAUGUUCAGUGACAGGCCUGUCCGGGUGGGCGAGACACUGUAUGUGGAGGUAGGACAUCUCGGCUUGCCGUACUUCGGGGCACUUCUGUUUGGUAUGACCUCGUGCGAUCCGGGCACCCUCAAUGCCGGCGAGCUUCCGGCCGACCCAGAAGUGCUUCUGGACCGGAAGGAGUACUGGGUGGUGUACAGGGGUUUUCCUGUGCCAACGGCAGGUGAUGUGCUCAGCUUUACCUUUCUGGCCAACGGAGAGGUGCAUCACGGGAUUAACGGAGGGGCGCGUGGCCGUCUCCUGUGUGUCGACUCCUCUCAGGUUCUGUGGGCUUUCUUCACUCUGCACGGGGCUGUGAACCGACUCAGGAUAUUGGGAACAAUUCAGUCAAGCCCGUCCACCUGUUCAUCCGCAUCUCAGGGAUCAACAGCUGAUGACAGUGACUCUGAUCUGGCCUUCAGUGUCAACAGAUCCUCAUCCGCAUCUGAAUCUUCUCUAGUGACGGCCCCCAGCUCUCCUCUCAGUCCACCGGUUUCACCAAGCCUCUCUUCAUCAGACACGGCCCUGAGCAACAAAAACAAUGAGUGUACAGUGUGCUUUGAUCAUGAGGUGGAUACCGUCAUCUAUACUUGUGGACACAUGUGUCUAUGUAAUGACUGCGGACUGAGGCUCAAGAGACAGAUUAAUGCUUGUUGUCCCAUCUGCCGGAGACCCAUAAAGGACGUCAUAAAAACAUACAGGCCAUGAAAGGACUGUAUUGUUUUCUAACAUGCAAUUCAGAUUGCAACUCGGUAGCUGGGCUUUCAUAUUUGGACUGAACUUGGAUGUAUGUAGCUUUGAUUUGUGUCCAUACUUCUCUCACCUUAUAUUUAACGCGGAUAAUCUUAAAACCAAAUGUCAAUGAUUGAUUAGGACCGAUUCAAUAUUUUAGUGCCUUUGUCGUGUUCCUAAAGCAGCACUUAUUGAAGUAGACAAUCAUAUUUAAGAUCUUUUGUGUGAAUUAAGAAAUGUGUUUGUAAAGUGUAACCGUAAUAAACAGGGCUACAAAUAGGAUUUUAUAUGUUAUUUUAAAGAAAAAUGUAUGGUUUGAUAUUCUUGAUUGCUGUGUAUAUGUAUUUUGACAGCUGGUUUUGAAGACUUGUUGCACUCAUUGGCUAGAGGUUUUUCAGAUCUCAUAUGUAUACGUGGAGGCCUGCAUUUAACGUAAAGAACAAAAAUAAAUUUGUUUGUAGUAGGGGUGGGACGAGACACUUAAUUCACGAAGAAAGACAUGAGAUUUUUACACUUUUCCCAAUGAUAAAAUAAAUGAAUGAGAAACUAAAAACACAUUCUUUUGAAAUGUUUAAACGACUGUCCCUAACAAUUAUUUUUUGCAAUUAUAAUGAAGUAAUUUGAUUUUUUUUUUUUGGUAAUAAAAGUAGACCCAAGUGGGCAAUAACAUUUAAAAUGACAUAAUACGAACGAUGCAAUAAUAAUUGGUUCAAAUAAAGUAUUAAAAUAAGUAAACACAUUACAGUAAUAAACAGCAAAAACAAACAAAAGCUUUAAAAGACAAUAUAAUAAUGCAUGCCGCACGAGAUCUCGUCACACCCCUAGUUUGUAUGAUAGAGAGUAAUGUGUUAGAUUUAAGUGCUUUAAUGAAUUUCCCUCAUACUUUGAACAAUAGCUAGUAAAGAUUUUGUCACUAUAAAAAAAUCAAUACAAUACCAAAAUUACAAAUGACUUUAAAGAAACUUUUAUAAUGUCAUCUUUACCUAACCUAGCUUGAAAAUAAGCAAAACCAACAGUUCGAGAGCCUCUUAAUAUGGAGGAUUUGAUUGGGCAAAAGAGUGACCCAGUAUUUGAAUAUUAACUAAACACCUAAUAGGCUCAUGGACAAGAUAUGAAAAAACUAAACUGCUCAUUGUUAGUUCUGUAAAGUGCUACAAAAGUUGCACACAAAAAUAGUUACUGAUUGGUUGAUACAGUACCCAAGCAAGCAUUUUUGCAUUUACAAGAUGCCUAAUAGCUGUCCAAACACAGCCCAGAUGUUUAACCAUAAAUAAAUAAAAACAAACACUUUGUGAGAUGUUUGAUGUCUCAUCAUGAAAGCAAAGACAACAGUGGUUACAAACAUUUUGGCUGGAAUUGGGUUAUUUUUAGCCGGACGAUAUCAGGUCUAAAAUUAACCUAGACUGUGAAUUGACUGCUAUUUUUUUGCUGGGUAGGUAUUUACAUUUUUUUUUUCAUUAUUUGUAAUACCUUAUGAUGUACAAGUUUUAUUGCCUUCUUAUUGGGGUCUUCUUUCAAAUAGAGCAAGAACAACAUCAGGGUCUUUUGAGUAAAAAUAAUUUUCCUUAUGAUAAGGUGAAAGAUUAGUCAUCGCUUGUCUGCCUUUCUUGAAGUCCUUGUAGCUCAAGUGGCAAAGAAAUGCCACUAGCAACACCAAGAUGAUGAAAUUUCUAGAAAAUUUCACCCUCACCCAGUCACACCGUUCACUAAUCAUGUAAAGAAUUGAGUCACAGGUUAUUUAAACACUAUUCCAUUUAGGAAAUUGUUAAUUUAUCUUAAAGGGAAAUAUGUAUAACUAAUCGUCUAUACAUAUUUGUAAGAUCUGAUCAGCAGGAUCGAUGAUAACAAUCUGCUUAUGCACUCAUUCACCGAAUGCCCAGACAAUAUGACUUUGCAUGUAAACAGAAGGAUUCAUGGACGAAUGAAUAACACUACAGGUGUAAACAUAUAGCAUCUAACUAGACAAACCACACAUACUUUUUUCAGUUUAUUUUAAAUAAAUUAAACAUAGUCCUUUAUUAAAAAUACUUAAAAUGUAAUCCUCCUGUAACUUGAGUAUAUUAUCGGCUUAAAGGGCUUAGUUGAGUACAGAGUUUUUUAUUUGAGAGUAAUUUGUCGCCCCCUUUCAUGUCUCUGAAGUACUGCUGUGCCCACCUUAGCAGACACUAAAGCCACUUUAAACAGCAAACAUGUUGCAAACAUUUUUAUUUUUUACAAGGGGAAUAUGACCAAUGCAAUGAUGAUCUAACCUUAAAUGGCCAAUUUUACUUGAAAUCACUCUAGGCAUUAAUAAUACUUUACAUUUUUUGCGGUGUAACUAAGCACCAAGCACCUCUGUGUAACCGGGCCUGAACUGACCAAUAAUUUGAAAUUACAAAAAGGAAAUAUGGGAAGUUUGAA